AAUGGGCAUGGCACCUGCAGUGUGAACAAUGUGGUUGUGCAUUUAUAUGUAAAAUAAUCCAAUCACCCUCUUCCUAGACAUUUCUAAGAUACAUUUGACAUAUUUAGCAUCAAAAUAAAUAAAACUGGUUACCUGAGAUCGUCAAUUCGGCGGAUCCAUCUUGGCUCGUCUUGAUUGAAGUCAAAUGAUUCCAUGUGCGGCUCCAUAUCAACCAAUAAGAUUCCAUGUACGAUACCUGCGUUUUCAUUGGUCAGUCAUGGAAGCCUAUUUCUGAUUGGUUGUUGCCGUUUUGACAGUGUUUAUUCCAAGCAAAGAGACAGAAAUCGUAGAGCGUUAUAUUAAUGUACUUUCGCGCUACAAUAAUGCGCUCUCGACAUUUGGCAGUAAAAUAACGCCAUAGAAUAUCCGCUGGAGUCAAACUGCGUACGCAGCUUGUGUACGAAAGAUUUUACUCCAAAAUGGUGCUACGCUGAAGCAGAGGAGACGAAUCGUUGAAUUAAGUCGUUGUUUUUGUUUUCUUUGUGCAGAAAAAGUAUUCUCGUAGCUUCAUUCAAUUCAGAUUGAACCACUGAUGGCAGAUGGACUAUUUUGAUGAUGUCUUUCAUACUUUUCUGGGCCUUGACCGUGUUAAUUGUUUGGCAGUCAAUGAGACAGUCACAAGCCUCCCGGUUUUCAUUCAAAAUAUCUUAAAUUGUGUUCCGAAGACCAACAAAGCUUUUAUGGGUUUGGAACGACAUGGGGGUAAGUGAUUAAUGACAAAAUUUUCAUUUUGGGGUGGAGUAACCCUUAAAUGUUUUUUUUUUUUUUUGUGGCUGGGUAUGCGUAUGCAUAAAACUAAGCAGGUCACACUUACAUGUUAUGUUAAACUAAAAACAGAAGACAUGAUUGAUUGGAAAACAAAUUGAAAGUUAAACUUUACAGAUAUUUUAAGAAAGAAAAUUACCUGUCAAGAGUGUCUUGACAUUCUACGUAGCUGGAUGGUUGAGCUCCUGAAAAUCAGUAAUGAGGUGCUUUGACACUUACAGAUUUGAAAAACAAAAAGGUGAGAAUAAAGAACCCUAAACUCUGACACAAAGAACCAUUUUAGUAUUAAAAGGUUCUUCAGAAUGAUAGUGUGUGUGGAAACUGGUAUGCAUUUAGCCUUUAAAAAUCAUAUCGAACAAAAAGAAUGAAACAAAUUUAAGGUGAUAACGAUCACAUUUAUUAAUGUUGAAAUGUCUAAUUGUAUAAAUACGAAUAAAUACACUUUAGUGCCAAUCACCUGCAAAAUAACUGAUGAUGAACUGUCUGGUUUCUCCCUGACGGCCAUCUGAUGAAGUCCCAAGUCUGUUAAUAGACUCUAUUAAAAUGUUCAUGUGUGUCCUUAUGUAACUGAAAAUGUCAAUUUCUACUGUUUUCUUAAAAAAAAAUUGAAUAAAAGAAAUGCACCGACCUUUAAAAAAACCCGAAGUUUGCAAGUUGGCAGUUCGUCACGUGAACGUUCAAAAAAAAAAAAAAAAGAAGCACUCCAAAGUCUUAAGAGAUUCACUAAUCACUGCCUUUACCUGACGCAAGCAUUCUGUAAUGACUAUUAAUGAUAAUGGAUAUAUAGCAAUAUAACAGUGGUAAUAAUAUAACUGUAGAUAAUCGUUAAAGUUUUAUUGAAUUAACUAAAUACACGAGCCUCCUAAAAAGAGGGGUAUAAACAAUAUCUUUUUGCUGAACUUAUAGUUGACUUUACAGUGACAAAAAUCUCCCAGGUUAUAAAAGUAUCAGCACACAUAUUCUAGUACAACCAUAUUUAAUUUUGCGCAUUACAGCCCAGCCAACAUUGAUAUGUGGGCCCCAUAUGGGUUAUACCCGGGCAGCAUGGGUUCCAUGUGGGCAUGGGCUGAAAAUGGGCAAUUUAUGUGGGUCCCAUGUGUUUUUCGCAAUGUGGGUCCCAUAUAGGUUUGAACAUAUGGGACCAUCGUGGGAUCUAUGUGGGCAAAAUGAUUUAACACUUAAAAUACAUAUUUACACCUUUAAACUUUUGGUUAAUAGUCACUUUUUAAACAAGGAAUAUAACUGUUUAAUAUUUUAUGGAUCUGAUCAAAAUAACUCCUUUUUUUAAUGAAAAUGUGUGAAUGAUAAAUAUUACAAUGUACCCUGCCUAUGCAUUUAUCAAAAUGCAUUUUUCUUUUACUGCACACAUUUUAGCAGGGACAAUUACAAACACUAACUCUAGAUUUGUUAGUUUUUUUCAAACUCUGGACUUAUAUCGGUCUCAAAUGAUCUUCUGACAACACCUUCCGCUUGACAAAGUAGUCCUGUUGCAUACAGUUUUUAGUUUGGAUUUGUUUUCACAUAGUAUCAUAUCAUAAUAUCAUAUGUCAUUAAUCGUGGCUGAAAAUAAGCGUACAUUUAAAUUUAUAACUAAAGAUUUUAAAUAUUAGAAAAAAAAGGAAUUCCCGCUCUGGCGCAAGGAUACAGACUCUUCUAAGCACAGUGGAGCGACAGCACGGACGGAGUUACUUGUAACAGUUCACAGAGGACGAGUCGGAGCAAAAAUAAGCAGGUAAAAUGCAUAUUUUCAAGAAAUUAUUUUAUUAUCCAAUACAAUAAAGUAUUGGGAACAUUGUUUUGACAGCUUAAAUUACCUUUAAAAUAAUGUAUAGCCUUUAAAAUAAUAAUGUUGUAUUUUUUUUUUCUUGCCGCGUAAUCGCUAAAAUGUCUGUAAGGCUUAAAACAUGUCAUUUUCGUUGACGGUAAGGUGUAGUUUUGUUUUUGCCUGAUGUUAAUGAAGUAGGAUCCUUAAUUGCUGUUUAUUUAAUGCUUUACUGAUGCAUUUUGUGGCCGUCUAGCCGCCAUUUUUUCACCCGAGGGAAAACUGAAUUUCCACACAAUUUAUUAUAACCGUGUUUGAAUAGCAAAAUACUGAGUUUUUAAGGCAUCUGACAUAACUUGGUCCUAAAAGCGGACAAAUAUGCUGCUUUUGAACGCCAGGUAGGGUGGAUUUCAAACAAUUUUGAGACCACCAUUCUCUUUAGGCCUUUCUGUGCACACGCUUCGAGCAUGCGUGAACACCUCAAUGAGCUGACAGCUCUUUUUUUACUGCUUAUUGGCACUAAAUGACUAGCCUAAUUAACAUCAACCCUUUACUUUCUCAUUCAUGCAUGUUUCUGAAAAUACAGCAAAAUAAACCAUAUCAAAAGAUAACAAUCUCUAACUGUAGACGUUUUAAACCGUUGUAUCGCCCUGCCCUAAUAGAGAAUGAGGAGUUAAGUCACAAUCUUUUCACUCCGCGUUGCAUUUCGAGAAGGCGCCGCCAUAUUAGCAGGAUACGCUAUCCGUUCCCAUGGUUAACUUACUUCUCAUUCGUUUGCAGGGAAGAGAAGCUAAUUUAUCGCACUGCAUGACAAUUAGAUUUUUUUUUUCUCUUAGGUUUGUAGAAUUUCAUAAACAAUGUUGAUCUGAUUACCGUGAAAAAGUGUCACCCGCUGGACGCUCUCAUAUGGUAUUAUCCAAAUAAAAGUGUGUUCAACAAGCUGACAGAAGUCGAUCCAUUUCUUUGUUGGAAACUUUUAAAUGUGCUUAUGUAUUAAGACAUUACAUAAGUGAUAUGUAAUGUUCAUAUUUUGAGCUCAUCUGUUUUUCUGCACAUAUUAUGAUUUAUUAGUAAGGUCAGGUGUGUACAGAAUGUGAUCUUUUAUUAUCACUGACUCAGUGCAUUAAGCGUGCUCUUAUGAGAGGAAAAUUAACGUAAAUAAACGCUUUGCGUCCACAUUUUGAGCUUAUAUGGGUAUCUGCUUAUAUGGGUAUCUUUUAUUCAGUGAGAGGCAGUAAGUUUAAUCAGUAACAUUAACAGAUUUGCUAUUCAGCAAAUCUCGAUGCAGCAUGAAUGACAUACAAUUGUGAAAUUUUUCACAAUCACGACAAAAGAAAUCAAAUACAACCCUAAACUCAAUAGUGGAAAGGCAGCGCUAUCCUGCAAGUAUGGCGGAUAAACAAAGCAGUUUCCCAGAACUCAAUGCGGCAAUAUGUCACAUUCUCAUUCUCCAUACACACACACAUACAAAUCUUUUUAAGUAUUUUAAAAGUAUAAAUUUUCGUGUAUGUACUGCAGUUAGAAGUUUGAUAGUGCUCUUAAGCAAUUUAUAAAGGAUUAUAAAUGAAUUUAUACAUUGAUGUCAGCCACAUUUAUACAUGAUUUUAUACAUUGAUUAAUCUCUAUAUAAAAAUACUGUAUAUAUAACAAGUACUGUAUGUAGAGCAUUGUUUAUACCAUAUACACUAUUGAAAUUAUUCCUAAUUUUGUUUUUAGAUAAUGGAGUACUACGGUGCAAGUUCACGUACUACACGGCGACGAAUCAAAACAAAAGUGCAAGAACAUUUAAUGAGCUUUGCUGUGGAUGCUCUGGAAGUUCUUGAUGAAACUGUUGAGCAAAGUGUGAAUGAUGAGCAGGUUUUUGAAACUGACAUAUCAGAUCAACUGAAUUUGACAUUGGAUAGUGAUGAAACAAAUGACUCAUUUCAAGAUUCUGACGAAGAGGAAAUGGAGCCUCAGCUUGACAUGAAGACAAAAUUGGCUGAAUGGGCAGCUAGUCGGAAUAUCUCUCAGUCUGCUUUGUCAGAAUUACUGCACAUACUUAUAAGUGAAGGUCUUAAUUUACCAAAAGAUCCAAGAACACUUAUGUCUACUUUAAAAGACUGUGAAGUCAAAAAAAUGGGGAGUUGCAUUUUGGCCUUUGUGAUGCAAUAUGUACAGAGCUGAACAAUGCACAAGAUGAACUCACAGACACAUUAACUCUAAGACUAAAUGUUGAUGGAAUACCACUUUUCAGAAGUUCCAAUGCACAGUUGUGGCCCAUACUUGGUCAAAUUAAGGAGCUACCUAGCUCGAAAGUGUUCAUGAUAAGUCUGUAUGCUGGCCCAUCUAAACCACCAUCAGUUCAUGAGUACAUGAAAGAUGUUGUUGAGGAAUUUAAAAGACUCACAAAGGAAGGCUUGUACUUCAAUGAGAAACAUUACAGUGUUCCCUUGCCUGAUGCAUUUAUAUGUGAUGCUCCUGCACGGGCUUUUCUCAAAUGUAUAAAAGGUCACUCAGGUUACAGCUCUUGUGAGCCUUGUGUGCAACCUGGUGUUCAUUUAAAAGGAAAAAUAGUGUACCCAGACAUGGAAGCAGCCCUGAGAACAGAUGCCCAGUUUGAUGAAAUGUUAGAUGAGGAACACCAUCGUGAUAUGUCACCUCUUCGGGAGUUGGGAGUAGGUUUAGUUACAUCUUUUGUACUUGAUUACAUGCAUUUAGUGUGCUUAGGAAUUGUCCGCAAGCUUGUUUCACUGUGGGUCAAGGGACCCUUGACAUGUAGGAUUUCAUCAAGUGUUCUUUCUGUUGUAUCUGAGAACUUGAAACGACUUAGGCAAAAUUUGCCUAGGAAUUUCUCAAGAAAGCCACGAUCCCUUUACGAAUAUAGUCAAUGGAAAGCCACAGAGUUUAGGCAGUUUUUGUUAUAUACUGGCCCUGUUGUGUUGUUUAAAGCAUUGCCUAAAUGUGUAUAUAACAACUUUUUAGUCUUAUCAGUUGCUAUAAGAAUUCUUUUGAGUCCAGAACUGUGCAGUGACUAUUGUGAUUAUGCUGAAAAGUUAUUGAAGUUUUUUGUCACAAAUUUUGCCAAAAUCUAUGGAUCUGAGUUUCUUGUAUACAACACACACGGCCUUAUACACUUGGCACAAGAUGCUCGUAAAUAUGGUGCUCUUGACUCUGUAUUGUGCUUUCCAUUUGAAAAUUAUUUAGGACAUUUGAAAAGGAUGGUUAGGAGACCUCAAAAUCCUGUUGAACAAAUUGUGAGACGUGUGGAUGAGAAACAAACUUUUAAUAGGGACUCAAAAGGAAGUUCAGCAUUGGAAGAACAUCUUAAACAGCCACAUUUCUCUGGACCUACUCCACCAGGAUUUUCCACAUGCACACAGUUUAAGCAAUGCCAGUACAAAGGAAUGACAAUCUCCUGCUCUCCGGGAAACAACUGCUUUGAAAUUAAUAGCAGAGUUGCCCUGGUUAGAAAUCUUUUGGUCUCUUCCAUGACAGACAUUUUUGCAGUAUGUGAGUUUUUUAAUACAGGGACAUGUUUUUUUGAUUACCCUGUUGCUUCUUCAAGUUUGGGAAUUACUGUUGUCUCAGCACUCACCGGCCAGUUUUUUGUUGUUCCAGUGGCACAACUUUCAAAAAAACUUGUUCUUCUCCCUAUGACUGAUGUGUAUGUGGCUUUGCCUCAGCUGCAUGAUUACUGACUCUGUACUUUUAAUGGUUCAGAAUGUCCCUUUAUAGUGUAGUGGAGUUCACUGAUGAGUACACAGAUGAUGGAAGGACUGUCAUUGAUGUCAUCCCUACAAGCUGGAUUACUGGACCAGAAAGAGAAGAAUGCUUUUGGCCAACUAGUAGGACUGUGCCCAUUAGCAAGGCUGUUAAAAAACUAUUAACUCCUGGAGCAGACUGGGCAAAGUACAGCAUACGUGUCAUAGGAAAUGCAGACACAUAUGCUGCAGCAAGAGCUAAACUUAGCAGGGCCGAGGAUACCUCAGAUUUACAAACUGACUCUGAAGUGCCAGUGAAGCACAAAAGAUUGCCAAAUAGAACGUUUUUUCCUUGCACAAGCGACGAGUCAGACAGUACUGAGGAUGAACCCAGAUGAUCAAGAGGCCAUCAUGGCCAGACUGAAACCGGAGCUGCCGCUCAGAGAGUCACCGCUACAGGACCUGCCACUCAGAGAGUCACCAUUACAGGACCUGCCACUCAGAGAGUCACCGUUACAGGAGCUGCCGCUCAGAGAGUCACCGCUACAGGACCUGCCACUCAGAGAGUCACCAUUACAGG